UGCACUUCAAAAUACUCCCCUCUUGCAAUCAAUUAACAUAGUUCAAAACACAACUAACACUCAAGCCAAUUAUUAGUAACAACAACAGUUUGGUACCAGCUCAAGAAACAACAGUUCAUAAUAUCGUUUAAUUUGAACCAUUUUAGUAACCGAGUUGUUUUGGUGGUAUGGAGGAUGGGGAGGAGAAGGAAACCUAUUGUGGCUGCUAAAUACUCCUUCCCUCCUGUUAAGAUUGUCUCGUACCAAUUAGGAUGGAGGUAGUAUAUAUUAACGGAUUCUCAUGUGUACGAACACCAGCACUAUAUAUUGAAAUUUCUCCAGUAAGGAUCUUCACAACGAAUUAGAUGAAAGGAUCAAUCUUUUGCCCAUACCUUACUACCAUGGCCACCAUUACCAAAUGAUGCCAUUUUUGCCACAGAGGAAGACAAAUGGCAGUUUCCGGUAGAUGAACUAAAGGAGGUCUUUGGCCGGGGUCAUCUCCUCCAUUCUCUUCUCUUCUUCUCCUAUGCAUGGGAUUUCACGGGUCAGAGUUCUUAUGGCGAAUUCUAUGCAUGGAUCGAUCCAAAUAUCCUUCAUAAAGAUAAUGAUAACUCGGGGGAGUGAAGCUUUCACAAAGGGAAAUUAAAGAAUCACCUUCCUAUUUAUUUUCAUUCGUGAGGGCAUCCAUUGUGGAAAUAUUAGUCAUGCAAGCUUUUGUUGGAUCCUUAUACCUUGUAGCAGCUAAUCCUUUGUGGUUGGUUAUUCACAUUCAAUUCCAAUGGAGGGUCAACUUUAAUUCCAACAAGGUGCUUGGAAGUUGUGAUAGCAAGAACCUCCUAAAUUAAGGAUUUAAGGAACUUGAUUGAGCGGCAGAAAUGAAGCAGCGUCAAGUAAGAUGGGAUGAGCAUAAUCUGGGAGAAAUUGAUGCAAACAAACCUGUAAGAUAGAAAAUAGCUGAGCCAAAGACACCAUAUCACCGUAUAAUUGAUGAUGAUGGAUCUUUGUCUCCUAUAAGGGUUGGCUCAAGUGAUGAGUCUGGGGAUGCAAUACAUGCUGAAGCUAUAAGGAAUGCAUUGAAUGAUGUUGCAUCUUCUCCAUCCAGUAAAAGUAAAUUGGGAUCUGAUGGUGGUUGGGCAUCAUCUGAAGAUGAUGAGGCAGAAGCAAUGGAUGAAGAUGGUGGAGGUUCAUUCAUUUUCUCUACUAAGCUUUUGAACCUACUAAUAGGCAUGAUCCUUGAUAAGUCCGUAUUUAGACACGCAUUUGAUGCGUGUUCAGGUCGGAUUUUGAUGAUUUUCCUGGCUUUAAGGCGUUGCAAGUCUCAAAUUUGGCUCAAGUUGUGUUUAACAGGCGUUGGAUCGAGUUUCAUAGCAUUUGGAGUUGAUUUGAAGAAGUUAGAGUCCGGCAAUCGGCGCUUGAGAGGCAUUCGGGAAGGGUUUGAAGACAUUCGAGAGAGAUUUGGAAGAUUUGGAGGCCACCGGGAGAUUCACGACGAAAUUCUGGUGAAGAAAGAGCAUUUGGAUCGACGUCGUAGGCAUUCGGGAGCAUUCGGAACGAGAAACGAAGAAAAAUGGUGAAGAAAAGGGCAGGCACGGCCGUGCCUAGGUCAGGCACGAUCGUGCCUGCCAUCUUAAUCAACGCGGAGCCACUGGCAUCCAGACACGAUCGUGUCCGGUGCAGGCACGAUCGUGUCUGCAAAAUUUUUACGCGUCCCUUCCGCAGGCACGGUCGCAGGCACGAUCGUGCCUGGCACCGUGCCUGACCCCGUUUUGUCCUAAUUCAACUCAAAUUCUCCUGUUUUCUAUAAAUAAGGCCUCCAUACCCACUUUUGGGGUUACGAACUUUGGAGAGAGGCCUAGGGACGAGUUUUACCUGCGUUUUUACGUUGUUUAAUCCAAGAACCUGGGAUUCUUUGUAAGUUCAAUUCUUU